UCCGCCUCGCGCUCUCCGCCCCGCUCCCCAUGCGGCAGGGGGUGCCGGCGGCAGGGGGGCGGUGAAUGGUGCGAACGGAGGGCGCUGAGGGAGUUUGAAGUUCGGGGGUUUCGGAGGAGCGCCCCCCCUCCCCCUGUCCGAGCACAGUGGAGGAGGAAUGCCAAACCCGGAGAGACAUGGGGGCAAGAAGGAUGGGGGCGGCGGGGGGGCCUCGCAGCACGCGCCGGGCAGCUCCAACAGCAAGGAGAGGCACCGGGUGGCUUCCAGGCACAAGAGGCACAAAUCCCGGCACUCCAAGGAGUCACCGUUGGCCGCCCAGGAGACGGCGGCACCUCUGGGAGCUGUGAUCAAACCACUGGUGGAGUACGAUGACAUCAGUUCGGAUUCGGACACCUUCUCGGAUGAUGUGGCCCUCAAAUUGGACAGGAGGGAGAACGAGGAGAGGAAAGCGGAUAGGAGCGAAAGGACGCAGAAGCACCGGCACCACCAGCACAAACGCAUCCGUGAGCUGAUGAAGAGCAAACAGGCAGAGAAAGAGAGGAAGUUGGAAAAGAGCCUGGAGGCCUCCAGCAGGUCCGGGUCUACCAAGGACAGGGUAUCGGGCUCCUCCAAGAGACUGCUUGAAAGCGGGGAGCACCCGAAGGCGCUGUCCUCAAAGAGUAGCAACAAGGAGUCCCGCUCAGCCAAAGCGCACAAGGAGAAGUCCAGGAAGGAUCGGGAGCUCAAGUCCAGCCACAAAGAGCGCAGUAAAAGCCAUCGCAAAAGGGAUGCUCCCAAAAGUUAUAAAACCGUUGACAGUCCGAAACGGAAAUCCAGAAGUCCCCACAGAAAAUGGUUGGACAGCCCAAAAUUGGACGACAGCCCUUCUGGAGCCUCCUACAUCCAGGAGUACGACCUCAGCCCGCCCCGCUCGCAUACGUCCAGUAACUACGAUCCCUACAGGAAGAGCCCCGGCGGCUCGUCGCGCCGGCAGUCCAUCAGCCCACCCUACAAGGAACCCGUGGCCUACCAGUCCAACACACGGUCUCCCAGUCCCUACAGCCGGAGGCAGAGGUCCAUAAGCCCCUAUAACAGGAGGCGCUCCUCGAGCUACGAGAGGGGGAGUGGAUCGUACAGCGGCCGCUCACCGAGUCCCUACGGCCGAAGGCGCUCCAGCAGCCCUUUUGCUGCCAAGCGCUCCAUGAGCCGAAGCCCCAUAGCCAGGAAGUCUGUGAAGUCCCGAAGCAGAAGCCCGGGAUAUUCGAGGCACUCAUCUCACAGCAAAAAGCAGAGGUCUGGGUCCCGCAGUCGCCAUUCCAGUAUAUCACCCACGAGGCUGCCCCUGAACUCCAGCCUGGGGGCAGAGCUCAGCAGGAAGAAAAAGGAACGAGCGGCGGCGGCGGCGGCGGCUGCGAAGGUGGAUGGGAAGGAGGUGAAGGGCUCCCCUGUUUUCCUGUCGAAAAAGGAGAACAGCUUAGCUGAACUGAAGGAGUCUGGAGCAGAAUCUAAAAAGGUCGUCAAAACUGUUAGAUCUGAAAAGUCAUCGUCAGAUACAGAAUUAGUGAAUUUACUGUGUUCAAAUGCAGAGACUAAAGCACCUGCAGAGACAACGAAAACCAAGGCAGAGGAGAGCUCGGAAAGGAAACAUCCUGUUCCAGUUAGAGAUUCGAAACAGCCGGGAACAAAAGACUUGAAGCCUGUAGCAGUGACAGAGGACCUUCGAUCUCCAAAGGAGACAGACACAGCAGAGAAGGAGAUUCCGCCCCCGCUGCCCUCCAUAAAAUCACCUCCUCCACCUCUGCCGACCACCACACCGCCGCCUCCGACUCCACCGCUGCCACCUCUGCCUCCAUCGCCUGCUGUUCCACCUUUGCCUCCAUCCCAACAGACUCCCGUUCAGGUUCCUCCGGUCCCAACAUCUUUGUCAUCAUCUUCCCACCCAAGGACGUCUACUUUAUCCUCUCAGGUGAACUCCCAGUCCUCUGUCCAAGUCGCUACAAAAACACAAGCGUCUGUGACGGCUGCUAUCCCACACCUGAAAACUUCAACGUUGCCUCCGCUUCCGCUCCCCCCUAUUUUAGUUGGGGAAGAUGACUUGGAUAGUCCAAAAGAGAUUCUUCCUCCAAAACCUGUGAAGAAAGAUAGAGAGCAGAGACCACGGCAUUUACUCACGGACCUCCCGCUCCCUCCAGAGCUCCCUGGAGGGGAUCCAUCUCCUCCUGACUCCCCGGAACCAAAGGCAGCCACACCACCUCAGCAACCCUUCAAAAAGAGACCAAAAAUCUGUUGUCCUCGGUAUGGGGAAAGGAGGCAGACAGAAAGCGACUGGGGGAAGCGUUGUGUGGACAAGUUUGAUAUCAUCGGGAUUAUUGGAGAAGGGACGUAUGGGCAGGUGUACAAAGCCAAGGACAAGGACACAGGUGAAUUGGUAGCUCUCAAGAAGGUGCGACUGGACAAUGAGAAGGAGGGCUUCCCCAUCACAGCCAUCCGCGAGAUCAAAAUCCUUCGGCAGCUGAUCCAUCGUAGUGUUGUGAACAUGAAGGAAAUCGUCACGGACAAACAAGAUGCACUGGAUUUCAAAAAGGACAAAGGUGCCUUUUACCUUGUAUUUGAGUACAUGGACCACGACCUAAUGGGGCUGCUAGAAUCUGGCUUGGUACAUUUCUCAGAGGACCAUAUCAAGUCUUUCAUGAAACAGUUAAUGGAAGGUCUGGAUUACUGUCACAAAAAGAAUUUCCUUCAUCGGGAUAUUAAGUGCUCCAACAUCUUAUUGAACAACAGUGGGCAAAUCAAACUUGCAGAUUUUGGACUUGCCCGACUCUACAGCUCGGAGGAGAGCCGUCCAUACACAAAUAAAGUCAUUACAUUGUGGUAUCGACCUCCAGAAUUGCUGCUAGGUGAGGAGCGUUACACGCCAGCCAUAGAUGUGUGGAGCUGUGGCUGUAUCCUCGGGGAACUGUUUACAAAGAAGCCUAUUUUUCAAGCCAAUCUGGAACUGGCUCAGCUUGAAUUAAUCAGCCGGCUCUGUGGGAGCCCCUGUCCAGCAGUGUGGCCCGAUGUCAUCAAGUUGCCCUACUUCAACACUAUGAAACCCAAGAAGCAAUACCGAAGGCGCCUGCGUGAGGAGUUCUCCUUCAUUCCUUCAUCUGCUCUCGACCUGCUGGACCACAUGCUGACGUUGGACCCUGGCAAGCGCUGCACAGCAGAGCAGGCCCUGCAGAGUGACUUCCUCAAGGAUGUUGACCUCAGCAAAAUGGCACCUCCAGACCUUCCCCACUGGCAGGACUGCCACGAGCUGUGGAGCAAGAAACGACGACGGCAGCGGCAGAGUGGGAUUGCAGUGGAAGAGCCACCGUUAUCAAAAGUUUCUCGGAAAGAAACUACCUCUGUUACAAGCACAGAUACUGUCAAAAACAACAGCAGUCCUGUGCACCCACAGCCUGCCCAGCUCAAAACAGAGGCUGGUGCUGGAGAUGCAGUAGCAGGCCUUGGAGAAAUCACCCAGCAGCUGAAUCAGAGUGAACUAGCUGUUUUACUGAACUUGCUGCAGAGCCAGACUGAUCUGAGCGUCCCACAGAUGGCCCAGCUGUUAAAUGUACACUCUAACCCAGAGAUGCAGCAACAGCUGGAGGCUCUCAACCAGUCCAUCAACGCUCUGACAGAAGCCACAACUCAGCAGCAGGAGUCUCAGGCAGCAGCAGCAGCAGCAGCAGCAGAGGAAGCCAUAGAAGAGCCACCCACGGAGGCCCAGCCACCGGAGGAGCAGGUGACUCCAGAAGCAGCUGGUGCUCAGGGAGACAUGCAGAACGUGCUGGCCGUUCUGCUCAGUCAGCUGAUGAAGAGCCAGGAGCCUGUCCUAACCCUGGAGGAAAGCAAUGGGGAGAAGAGCAGCGAGCAGCGGGGGCUGAGAAAAACCCCUACAAUGCAUCAGGAGGAAAGCACAGGUAAAUAACCGUGAGCACUGCUUGUGCAUCUCCAAUGCCAUUCACCUGGUUGAAAAAGUCAAGCUGCCAUACGAGUGCCUGUGGUUCAGCUGUGACCUGGAGGAGCUGAGACAUCUGAGAGCUGUGGCAGGGGGAGGCUGGUGAAGCGGGGCGUGGGGUGAGGAUGGGAGGAGGAAGGUGCUGGGUGUUAGAAUGUGGUCAGGGCUUACACACCCAGGUAGGCUUCUUGCACGGUGCGGUUAUGCAGAUUUCCCUGUCUCACUCGCCCCAAAUAUUUUUUUUUCCCCACCGUUACCUUCCUGCUCAAUCAAGGAAAAAAAGAAAAGCGGUAAAGAACAUGAGAAACGAAAUACUGGAGAGCCCUGUGAGGGAGGGAUGGGUGCACAGCUACCCAGGUUCAGUGUGCGUAGGGUUGUGAUGUGUGAGUGCUGGAGCUGUGCAGCUUUGGAAGCUGAGGCAGCAGGUUGUUGUCAAGCAAGUUAGAGGCAUGCUUAAAGACCUGCCCAAAAGGAGAGCAGCGAGCUCGUGGAUUCCAUUUCCAGAGGUGAGUGUAAAUGUCUCCA